CUCUUGCAUCACGUCAUAGUGAGGGGGGAGGGGAAGAGCGGAAGAAGAAGGAGGAGGAGGAGGGCAUUGAGGGAGAAGACGAGCUAUCAAUGACAUCCACCAGCUUCGGUGUCUGAGGCCGCCUGACCGGCCACCCCGUGCCCGCACAAGGCCCCCUCCGGACGGGCGUGACAUGCUCUUGUCCCCGGCUCGUCAGGCAGACCCUCCACGGGAUUACACUGCAGCCGUGGAAGCUUCCAGCCGCAAAUCCACCCACAUGCAUCUCGCGGACGGCGUCGAAGAAGAAGACGACGGUGCACUUCCGACCGAGAGUGCCUACCCCUGCUGAGUGAAGCCCCGCCCACGCCUCCGCCCGUCUCCGAGCGGCGGGAACAUGCGUCUGCACGGCCGUCCCGGGAGGUCCAUCCCUGGGCUGUGUCUACCACUACUGCUGCUGAUGCCGCUCUGCAUGCUCGUCCUGGACGGCGUGCGUGGAGCGCUUGCUCCUCCGAGAUUCACCAAGAUCCCCACAGACCAGAUCGGCGUGUCGGGGGGCGUGGCCUCCUUCGUGUGCCAGGCCGCCGGGAGUCCCAAGCCCGUGGUCUACUGGAACAAGAAGGGCAAGAAGGUCAACUCUCAGCGUAUCGAGGUGACCAUCGAAUUCGACGAAGGCGCCGGCGCCGUGCUGAGGAUCCAGCCCCUCCGAGCGCCGCGGGACGAGAACAUCUACGAGUGCGUGGCGCGCAACAGCGAGGGCGAGCUGUCCGUCACCGCCAAGCUGGCCAUCAUCAGAGAGGACCUGUUGCCCUUCGGCUUCCCGAGCAUCGACAUGGGCCCCCAGUUGAAGGUGGUGGAGCGCACCAGGACGGCCACCAUGCUGUGCGCCGCCAGCGGAACCCCCGACCCGGAGAUCUCCUGGUUUAAGGACUUCCUGCCCGUGGAACCGGGCUCCAGCCAAGGUCGCAUCAAGCAGCUGAGAUCAGGAGCCUUGCAGAUCGAGAACAGCGAGGAGACGGACCAAGGGAAGUACGAGUGCGUGGCCACCAAUUCUCAAGGGGUGCGCUACUCCUCGCCGGCCAACCUCUACGUGCGAGGAGCGACAGACACAUUGCGCCGCGUUCCCCCUCGUUUCUCCAUCCUUCCCUCCAACCACGAAAUCAUGCCGGGAGGGAGUGUCAACAUCACCUGCGUGGCGGUGGGCUCCCCCAUGCCGUACGUCAAGUGGAUGGUGGGCAGCGAGGACCUGACCCCCGAGGACGAGAUGCCCAUCGGCCGUAACGUGCUGGAGCUCAACGGCGUGCGGGAGUCGGCCAACUACACCUGCGUGGCCAUGAGUAGCCUGGGCAUCAUCGAGGCCACGGCUCAGGUGUUAGUCAAGACCUUGCCGAAACCUCCUGGCACGCCCAUCGUCACAGAGACCACAGCCACCAGCGUAACCAUCACCUGGGACUCCGGCAACCCCGACCCGGUCUCCUACUACAUAAUCCAGUACCGAGCCAAAGGCCCGGACAGCAAAUACGAGACCGUGGACAGCAUCACCACCACGCGCUACAGCAUCGGCGGACUGUACCCAAACACAGAGUAUGAAAUCCGAGUGUCAGCCUUCAAUAGCAUCGGUCAGGGACCGCCCUCUGUACGGGUGGAGGCCAGGACGGGAGAGCAGGCCCCGGCCAGCCCGCCUCGGAAUGUCCAGGCCCACAUUAUUUCACAGAACACGGUGAUGGUCCGCUGGGAGGAACCGGAGGAGCCAAAUGGGCAGGUGAAGGGCUACCGCGUGUACUACACCAUGGACCCCUCCCGGCCCAUGAACGAAUGGAAGAUCCACAACGUCCAGGACAGCGUGAUAACCACCAUACAGAGCCUGGUCACCUCAGAGACCUACACCAUCCAAGUCCUGGCCUUCACCUCGGUGGGAGACGGGCCCUUCUCCGACCCGGUCCAUGUUAAAGUCAUGCCAGGAGUCCCAGGUCAGCCGGGUAAAUUUAAAAUCGGGAGGGUGACGGACACCAGCAUCGAGCUGACCUGGGAGCCGGCCUACACCAAGGAGGGCAUCAUCAACUACGAGCUGCUUUACAAACCUGUCAAGUUUGGCAGUCUGGAAAAGCUGACCUUCGGCCCACGGAACUCCUACACGGUGGAGGGUCUGAAGGCCAACACGGAGUACUCCUUCUCCCUGGCGGCCAUCUCCAACAAAGGCAUCGGAGCCUUCACCAACGAGCUGGUGCAGAGGACGUCACAAGCCAAGCCCUCGGACCCGCCCCAGGGCGUGUCCUGCCAGAGCGCCGGCUCCACCUCUCUGAGAGUUAGUUGGAGGCCGCCUCCGUGGGAGGGCCAGAAUGGCGAGUUGGCAGGUUAUGAGCUGAGGUACCGCAGAGUUUCUGGGUCAGGAGGCCGAGGUCAGGGCCAGGAGGCCAAUGGGCUGGCGCUCCCGGCCCGGCAGGGGAAGACGGUAGUAGAGGGUCUGGAGAAGUGGAGCUGGUACAACAUCACCAUGACAGCCUCCACCUCUGUAGGGAGUGGACCACACAGCUCGCCUGUGCUCUGCAGAACCGACGAAGACGUUCCAGGGGCGGCCCCUCGCCACGUGGACGUCCAGCCGUUCAAUUCCUCCGCCCUCCGCGUCACUUGGCGCUCCGUGUCGCCCAGGUCGCGGCAAGGCCAGAUCCGGGGCUACCAGGUGCACUACAGCCGCGCCGGGGCCGGCCAAUCCCGGAGCCUUCCGUGGAUAAAAGACCUCUUGUUAGACGAGGCCCAGAUGGAGGAGGAUGAUGAUUCCACUCAGUAUGCGAUGAUUUUGGGGGACCUGCAAGCGGAGACCUUGUACUCGGUGUCGGUGGCAGCUUACACCACCAAAGGCGACGGAGCCCACAGCAAAGCCAAGCUGGUGCAGACCUCGGGGUUGGUCCCCGGCCCUCCUUGCCUGGGGGCGCACUUGGGACCGGGUGCGUCGGUGGUGCUGCGAUGGUCCCCCGCGCCGGAGUGCUCCAAGUCAGACUCCGCCGGGCCGAGGCCGCCGCUGGAAAUUCGUGGCUACCGCCUCCAGUUUGGCCCGAAGAACUCCACCCCGGAGACCACGGUGGACCUCCCCGGUCCCGAGAAGAACUUCACCGUCACAAACCUCUCCCCGGGCUCCUCCUACGUCUUCCUGCUCUCCGCCAGGAGCCGGGCGGGUCUGGGAAAAGCGGCGCGGCGGGAAGUGACGCUGCCCGUCUUCCCCCCCUCGGGAUACCCCAAAAUAUCCGACUUAGUCAACGCCACCUGCUGCUCCCUGCAGUUCUCCUGGCGGCCCCCCGACCACGCGGAGUGCAACGGCAUCAUCACCGAGUACAACGUCGCCUACAAGGAGGCGGCGGGCCCCAGGGCCUCGGAGCUCCCCGCCCCCCUGCAUGUGGUCACGCUGCCGGCCGACCGCUUGAGCUACACCAUCCUGGGCCUGGACCACGGCACGGUCUACGAGGUGCAGCUCAGAGCCCGCAACAAGGCGGGGCUCGGCCCCUUCAGCCCCCCUCGGCGGUGCCGAACCCUGGUCUUCGACACAGACGUGCCGAGGAAUUUUUCCGUCAACUUGGCCACCAGGACCAGCGUUCUUCUCACCUGGGAGUUCCCGGAGAGCAGCAACCCGUACCGCUUUACUGUGGAGUACAACCGGCAGAAGAUGGAGGUGGACGCCCGCCUGAAGAAGGCGGUCAUCCCCAACCUGCAGCCGGACACCAGCUACGACUUCAAGAUCACAGCCCCCGAAGGCAACAUGGGCGGCCUCCGCCACCGCAUCACGGCCAAAACCUCCCCGCCGAUCACCAUCCGCCGCCCGGAGAUCGACCACACCCGCGACACGGAGACCACGGUCACCAUCAUCCUGCCCUCGCUGGAGUCUCGAACCCCUGUCAAGAAUGUUUACGUGGUGGUGGUUCCACUGAGGAGAGCCAGAGGGGUCAUCAGACACCUGAAGAGUCCCGAUGAAAUGGACUUAGAGGAGCUGUUAAAAGACAUCAGUCAAAAGCAGCGGGACUCCCGGCAGCAGAAGCAGAUGGACCUGCGGCGCGCUUACAUCACGGCCCGCUUCACCCCCGCCACCCUGCCGGCCUUCUUCUCCCUGGGGGACCAGCUGGACUACGGCGGCUUUGAGAACCGCGCCUUGGAGCCCGGGCAGGAAUACGUCUUCUUCAUCCUGGCGGAACUCAACUCCACCACCGGGCAGAAGAUGUACGUGGCCAGUCCCUACACGGACCCGGUCAUCGCCCCGGACUCAGACCCCCAGCCCCUGGAUGCGGGCGACGGUCUCAUCUGGGUGGUGGGACCCGUCCUGGCCGUGGUCUUCAUCAUCUGCAUCGUCAUCGCCAUUCUGCUCUACAAGAACAAGCGCAAAGAGUCGGAGCCAGGAACCAAGAGUCUGUUGAGCAACGCAGAGAUGAUGGCUCAUCACCCUACUGACCCUGUGGAGAUGAGACGCAUCAACUUCCAGACUCCAGGAAUGAUGAGCCACCCCCCCAUCCCCAUCAGCGAGCUGGCGGAGCACAUCGAGCUGCUGAAAGCCAACGACAACCUCCGACUCUCCCAGGAAUACGAGUCGGUGGACCCUGGCCAGCAAUUCACUUGGGAACAUUCCAACCUGGAGGUCAACAAGCCCAAAAACCGAUACGCCAACGUGAUCGCCUACGACCACACCCGAGUCAUCCUGGCACCCAUAGAAGGUGUCCUGGGGAGCGACUACAUCAACGCCAACUACGUGGACGGCUACAGGAAGCAGAACGCCUACAUCGCCACCCAGGGCCCGCUGGCCGAGACCUUCGGGGACUUUUGGAGGAUGGUGUGGGAGCAGCGGGCCGCCUCGGUGGUCAUGAUGACACGCCUGGAAGAGAAGUCACGGGUCAAGUGUGACCAGUACUGGCCCAGUCGGGGCACCGACACCUACGGGACCAUCCAGCUCACCCUGCUGGACACCAUGGAGCUGGCCACCUUCUGUGUGCGCACCUUCUCACUCCACAAGAGCGGCAGCAGCGAACGGCGAGAAGUGCGGCAGUUCCAGUUCACCGCUUGGCCGGACCACGGCGUUCCAGAGUACCCCACCCCUUUCCUCAACUUCCUGCGCAGGGUCAAGACCUGCAACCCUCCGGACGCCGGUCCUAUCAUCGCACACUGCAGCGCCGGCGUAGGCCGCACCGGCUGCUUCAUCGUCAUCGACGCCAUGUUGGAGCGCAUCCGCCACGAGCGCAGUGCCGACAUCUACGGCCACGUCACCCUGAUGCGCUCGCAGAGGAACUACAUGGUGCAGACCGAGGACCAGUACAGCUUCAUCCACGAGGCGCUGCUGGAGGCCGUGGCCUGCGGGAACACCGAGGUGGCGGCCCGGAGUCUCUACUCCUACAUGCAGAAGCUGGCCAAGGUGGAGAACGGAGAGCACGUCACCGGCAUGGAGCUGGAGUUUAAGCGACUGGCCAACACCAAAGCCCACACGUCCCGCUUCGUCACCGCCAACCUGCCCUGCAACAAAUUCAAGAACCGGCUCGUCAACAUAAUGCCAUACGAGACCACCCGCGUCUGCCUCCAGCCCAUCCGAGGCCUGGAGGGCUCGGACUACAUCAACGCCAGCUACAUCGACGGCUACAGGCAGCAGAAAGGCUACAUCGCCACCCAGGGGCCGCUGGCUGAAACCACAGAGGACUUCUGGAGGAUGCUGUGGGAGCACAACUCUACCAUCGUGGUCAUGCUGACGAAACUCAGAGAGAUGGGCCGGGAGAAGUGUCACCAGUACUGGCCAGCCGAGCGCUCGGCCAGGUACCAGUACUUUGUGGUGGACCCCAUGGCCGAGUACAACAUGCCCCAGUACAUCCUGCGCGAGUUCAAAGUCACAGAUGCCAGGGACGGGCAGUCCCGAACAGUCCGCCAGUUCCAGUUCACCGACUGGCCCGAGCAAGGUGUGCCCAAGUCAGGCGAGGGCUUCAUCGACUUCAUCGGCCAGGUGCACAAAACCAAGGAGCAGUUUGGCCAGGAUGGACCCAUCAGCGUUCACUGCAGUGCCGGCGUGGGUCGCACUGGGGUCUUCAUCACGCUGAGCAUAGUGCUGGAGAGGAUGCGCUACGAGGGGGCGGUGGACAUCUUCCAGACUGUCAAGAUGCUGCGGACACAGAGGCCCGCCAUGGUGCAGACCGAGGACGAGUACCAGUUCUGCUACCAGGCCGCCCUGGAGUAUUUGGGUAGCUUCGACCACUAUGCAACAUAAGCCAAGACGUGACCACGGGCAGCAGGGACGUCAAACACCAACCAGGACUUUAACAACAACAACAACAACAAAACAACAACAAAAAAAACAACAACAAAUCCGUGCUCGAUCCUCCAUGUGUAAUCAUAUCUUACCUCAGUGUUCCAGUGUGAAGGGCGUAUAUUAAUGCAUACUGUACGUGAGUGAAGGGCGUAUAAUCCUUCAUACUGUACGUGAGUGAAGGGCGUAUAAUCCUUCAUACUGUACGUGAGUGAAGGGCGUAUAAUCCUUCAUACUGUACGUGAGUGAAGGUCAAAUAGUCAUGCAUACUGUACGUGAGUGAAGGGCGUAUAAUGAAGGCGUAUAUUGAUGCAUACUGUACGUGAAUGAUGGGCGUAUAAUCCUGUUUACUGUACGUGAGUGACGGGCAUAUAAUCUUGCAUACUGUACGUGAAUGACAGGCGUAAAAUCCUGCAUACUGUACGUAAUUGAAGGGCGUAUAUUGAAGGAUGUAUAUUAUGCAUACUGUACGUGAUUGAAGGGUGUAUAAGGAAGGGCGUAUAAUUCUGCAUACUGUACGUGAGUGAAGGGCGUAUAAUCCUGUUUACUGUACGUGAGUGACGGGCGUAUAAUGCAGCAUACUGUACGUGAGUGACGGGCAUAUAAUCCUGUUUACUGUACGUGAGGGAAGGGCGUACAAUUGGAGGAUGUAUAUUAUGCAUACUGUAUGUGAGUGACGGUCGUAUAAUGAAGGGCGUAUAUUAAUGCAUACUGUACGUGAGUGACGGGCGUAUAAUCCUGCAUACUGUACGUGAGUGAAGGGCGUAUAUUGAAGGGCGUAUAUUAAUGCAUACUGUACGUGAGUGAAGGGCAUAUAAUCCUUCAUACUGUACGUGAGUGACAGGCGUAUAAUCCUGCAUACUGUACGUGAGUGAAGGGCAUAUAAUCCUUCAUCCUGUACGUGAGUGACGGGCGUAUAGUCAUGCAUACUGUACGUGAGUGAAGGGCGUAUAUUGAAGGACGUAUAUUAUGCAUACUGUAUGUGAGUGAAGGGCGUAUAAUGAUGCAUACUGUACGUGAGUGACGGGCGUAUAUUGAAGGACGUAUAUUAUGCAUACUGUAUGUGAGUGAAGGGCGUAUAAUGAUGCAUACUGUACGUGAGUGACGGGCGUAUAUUGAAGGACGUAUAUUAUGCAUACUGUACGUGAGUGAAGGGCGUAUAAUCCUUCAUACUGUACGUGAGGGAAGGGCGUACAAUUGGAGGAUGUAUAUUAUGCAUACUGUACGUGAGUGACGGGCGUAUAAUGAAGGGCGUAUAUUAAUGCAUACUGUACGUGAGUGACGGGCGUAUAAUCCUGCAUACUGUACGUGAGUGAAGGGCGUAUAUUGAAGGGCGUAUAUUAAUGCAUACUGUACGUGAGUGAAGGGCAUAUAAUCCUUCAUACUGUACGUGAGUGACAGGCGUAUAAUCCUGCAUACUGUACGUGAGUGAAGGGCAUAUAAUCCUUCAUCCUGUACGUGAGUGACGGGCGUAUAGUCAUGCAUACUGUACGUGAGUGACGGGCGUAUAAUGCUGCAUACUGUACGUGAGUGACGGGCAUAUAAUCCUGUUUACUGUACGUGAGGGAAGGGCGUAUAUUGGAGGACGUAUAUUAUGCAUACUGUACGUGAGUGACGGGUGUAUAAUGAAGGGCGUAUAUUAAUGCUUACUGUACGUGAGUGACGGGCGUAUAAUCCUGCAUACUGUACUCGAGUGAAGGGCGUAUAUUGAAGGGCGUAUAUUAAUGCAUACUGUACGUGAGUGAAAGGCGUAUAAUCUGCAUACUGUACGUGAGUGAAGGGCCUAUAUUGAAGCACGUAUAUUAUGCAUACUGUACGUGAGUGAAGGGCAUAUAAUCCUUCAUACUGUACGUGAGUGACAGGCGUAUAAUCCUGCAUACUGUACGUGAGUGAAGGGCAUAUAAUCCUUCAUCCUGUACGUGAGUGACGGGCGUAUAGUCAUGCAUACUGUACGUGAGUGAAGGGCGUAUAUUGAAGGACGUAUAUUAUGCAUACUGUAUGUGAGUGAAGGGCGUAUAAUGAUGCAUACUGUACGUGAGUGACGGGCGUAUAUUGGACGUAUAUUAUGCAUACUGUAUGUGAGUGAAGGGCGUAUAAUGAUGCAUACUGUACGUGAGUGACGGGCGUAUAUUGAAGGACGUAUAUUAUGCAUACUGUACGUGAGUGAAGGGCGUAUAAUCCUUCAUACUGUACGUGAGUGAAGGGCGUAUAAUCCUGUUUACUGUACGUGAGUGACGGGCGUAUAAUCCUGCAUACUAUACGUGAGUGACGGGCGUAAAAUCCUGCAUACUUUACGUGAGUGAAGGGCAUAUAUUGAAGGACGUAUAUUAUGCAUACUGUACGUGAGUAAAGGGCGUAUAAUCCUUCAUACUGUACGUGAGUGACGGGCGUAAAAUCCUGCAUACUUUACGUGAGUGAAGGGCGUAUAUUGAAGGACGUAUAUUAUGCAUACUGUACGUGAGUAAAGGGCGUAUAAUCCUUCAUACUGUACGUGAGUGACGGGCGUAUAGUCAUGCAUACUGUAUGUGAGUGAAGGGCGUAUAUUGAAGGACGUAUAUUAUGCAUACUGUACGUGAGUGAUGGGCGUAUAAUGAAGGGCGUAUUUUAAUGCAUACUGUACGUGAGUGACGGGCGUAUAAUGAAGGGCGUAUAUUAAUGCAUACUGUACGUGAGUGACGGGCGUAUAAUCCUGCAUACUGUACGUGAGUGACGGGCGUAUAAUCCUGCAUACUGUACGUGAGUGACGGGCGUAGUGUAUUCAUGUGUGGUGGUCCGCUAUCUCCAGUAUGAAGCAGUCAAAUGGAGGAAGAGGAAUGGUGUAAAAACGCUAAAAGAACCACACAAAGAGCCUGGAUAUUUGCUGCACCCUUAACGGGCCUUUUUACCAUGGACUUUGUACCUACUGGUCUGGCGUCCUCCCUCCCUACUGGUCUGGCGUCCUCCCUCCCUACUGGUCUGGCGUCCUCCCUCCCUACUGGUCUGGCGUCAUCCCUCCCUACUGGUCUGGUGUCAUUUUUCGCGGGUCUCCUCCCAAGGGGGCCGGCGUGAGGACCGCCCCCAGCCCCCAUCCCCCAGCCCCUCUCCCCCAGCCCCCCUCCCACAGGAGACCCAAGAUGCACAGGUGCCAAUCAACUGUUGCCUCCGCGGCUCAACACGGACGGCCCUGGAGAGACUCGGAAUAUUCCGGCGAUCUUGACCCCGCUUGCUUUGCUGGACUGGCUUGUGUCUCCCCCCCUUCGUCCUCCUCUCCCUUUCUCGGGGCCCCACCGCCCGGGCUCCAAAUGGUGGCUUCUUGACAGGGACGCUUGCUGGCGAAAGACUUCUCCUUUUAUUUGAUUUCUUGUCAUUAUCGUCAUGGCCUUACGCUGGUUGGAGUUUCAACUCGCCGCUUUGCUCACACGUGAAGAAGACGAAGAAGAAGAAGAAGAAGAAGAAGAAAGCCCCCUUCCCAAAAGCCAUCUUACUUUGAAGUCCACCACAUGGCGAUUAAUCAAUACCGUAAUGACCCGGAUAUAAGUCAACCGUCCGAUUUGUCGUUUUUUAAUUACUUCCUUGAUUGUACAACAGGUUUUUUUUUGUGUGUGAGUGACAGGAAGAAAAGUUUUGACGCACUUCGGAAAAAUAGAAGACACUUAUUUCAAAGGGUCGCGGUUCUUUAACUUUGUUUUUUAACCAAAAUGGGCUCUCCAAGCCCCACCGUAAUGAGCAACGGUCCAAUACAGUAGCGUAGUAGGCCUUAGGACUCAUUAAAAAAACAAGGUCGAUGUUUUAUUUAACGGGUAUAUUCAACGUUCCCUCUAAGGUGCACGCCUGCAAAAUGAUCAUCAAAUCUAUCGAAAUAAAAUCCAAUCUGAACUAUAAACAAAAUAACUAUUCGUUCUGCAGGAUUUUGCAAUGUGAGUGACAGCUGACAACGAGCCGCCCUAACAGAUAAAACAAUGAUUCCGACGUCUUUCGCGGACAUCAAUUCCGUCGAUUUCUUUCACGGAGCAAAAAACGUUUAAUUGCUGGUCGUAACCGCAAGCUUUUUGCAGAUGAUGUGGUCCUGAUGGCUUCAUCUGGCCGGGAUCUUCAGCUCUCACUGGAUCGGUUCGCAGUGAAGCGACCGGAGUGAUAAUCAGCACCUCCGAGUCCAUGGUUCUCGCCCGGAAAAGGGUGGAAUGCCAUCUCCGGGUUGGGGAGGAGUUCAAGUACCUAGGAGUCUUGUUCACGAGUGGGGGAAGAGUGGAUCGGUGCGGCGUCUUCAGUAAUGCGGACGCUGUUUCGAUCCGUUGUAGGAAAGGUGAGCCGGAAGGCAAAGCUCUCAAUUUACCGGUCGAUCUACGUUCCCAUCCUCACCUAUGAUCAUGAGCUUUGGGUUAUGACCGAAAGGACAAGAUCACGGGUACUAGCGGCCCAAAUGAGUUUGGGUCUCUCCCUUAGAGAUAGGGUGAGAAGCUCUGUCAUCCCGGAGGAGCUCAAAGUAAAGCCGCUGCUCCUCCACAUCGAGAGGAGCCAGAUGAGGUGGUUCGGGCAUCUGGUCAGGGCACGUCCAACCACUGGGAAGACCCAGGACAUGUUGGGAAGACUAUGUCUACCGGCUGGCCUGGGAACGCCUCGGGAUCCCCCGGCAAGAGCUGGACCAAGUGGCUGGGGAGAGGAAAGUCUGGGCUUCCCUGCUUAGGCUGCUGCCCCCGCGACCCGACCUCGGAUAAGCGGAAGAAGCUGGUCAUUUUGUGGCGUACAAACUGGGCCAAGACCAACUCUUUGCUGAUCCGUUUAGGGCCACACAAGUGUAAAUGCCAGGUGAUUAUUAAGAAUGUUAAUUUACGGAUAUUAAUCAUGUAAUGCUCAUAAAAAUAUAUAUUUUACAGACAAAGUUACAGUGCGCUCUAUGCCUUGCUUACAUCUCAUUGUGCAACAUGUGAAUGUUUUAAGGGGAAUUAAAUGAGAUUCUUCCCAAAGUAGGACCCCCCACCCACACACAGCUCACGAAAAACUAAAUGUUUUUAUUUUAAAAGAAAAUAAACUCAUGAAAAAUCAUAAUAAAAGAUGUCAGGUGUCAUGAAGUCAGGUGCGGGGCGGGUGUGGCCACAGUCUCUUCACACUGUGCUAUGGAAGUUUUAGCGUUCGCUCAGACAUUAGAGGGAACCUUGUGUAUAUUUAUCAUGUUUGGCCCGAGUAACAAUGUUUCAAUGCCGGAACCUAAACCACCGUCCGAGGGGUUCUUAAAUUCUGCUCAAUACGGUCCUCGUCCCCCUUUCUCUGACCGAAUCCCACCUCCCGAUGGACCUUCCUUCCCCGUGCCGGACUUUGCCAGGAGCGGCCGAAACAAGCGUGGCGGCAUCGGCCAGAGACAUGAAACGUGUACAUACCGGCGUCCUCGGCACAAGAUGGAUGUGAUGUAGUUCUUAAUGUCGCAACAACGAGCCUUAUCGUUUAUUUCACGUGCUGUUUUUCUUCUUUUCAAAGAUAUUUAUGAAUCUAUUUUAUUACUUUUUAUUUAUUCAUUGGCAGUAUCUAGCAACUAUAAUCGAUACGUUUGCUUUUCUCCCGUCCCAUUUUUUUUUGUUUUAUUAGUCGGUGCUCUGUUUAAUGCUUUGCUCUAUGAAGUCUGCCCUCUGUGGAGGGUGAUAUUUGAUACUGAUGUCCAACUAUUGGCUAGAGAUGUAUAUUAGAGGCAGGUAGUUUAAGUUUACAAUGAUGCCCCGCCCCCCCUGCCCCCCCACUCCACCAUAGCAACAGGAUGGGUGAUCCUAGCAACAAGGUCAAAGGGCAUCAGAUGUAGUUUGCUCAAGCACAUUGGUAGCAAGUGUAUUUUUGACAGAAGGCUCAGCUACGCACUUCUUCUUUACUCAGCCCCCCCCCCUCAGAAGAAAAAAACACAAAAAAAAAAAAAUGUUUGAAAAAUAAUCCGAAGUCGAUGUGUGGUCUAGAAGUCUUGCCGAUGUGUGACAUAUAUGGAAAUAUGUUAUUCCUUCACUUUCUUAAGAUGAUCAUGUUGUCAAGGGCCGUCCUCUUUCACUUCUGUACUUGUUCUUUCCUUUAAACAAAAAAACAACAACAAGAAGCUAGAUGUAGAUAUAAUAUCUUGACUUUGUAUUAAAAGCAGAUGAUUGGAUAUACAGCA